CUCAGCUCACUCAUCUCAUUCUCUCUUUCUUUGAGGUAGCACUGAAAAUGAAGGCAUCAUAUGUAGCAAUUGCAUUAUGCACUGUGGUUGUGGUGAUGCUGGCCACAGCAGAGGUGUCCAUGGCAGCUGUAACUUGCAGCCCAGUACAGCUGAGCUCCUGUGCAAGUGCAAUAAGCUCUAAUACUCCACCAUCAAGUCUAUGCUGCACCAAACUCAGGGAGCAGAAGCCUUGUCUCUGCCAGUACCUCAACAACCCCAACCUCAAGAAAUUCGUUAACACCCCGAAUGCUCGGAAAGUUGCUAGGACUUGUGGCACUCCCUUUCCCAGGUGCAGCUAGAGCCUGAGAUAUAAUUUAUGUCUCUCUGUCAUAUACAUGGAUAAUGCUUCAUUAGUACCAUGGAUUGGGAUUACAGAGAGUUCAUUAUCUUGCUUACAUUGGUAUGUGUUAUAUGCUACUUAAUUUUUACUUUCGAGGCGCUACUAGCUAUUGAAUGUCAGCAUUUUCGAUUCAGUCUCUUGGUGUUGUGGUCUAUCAUGAUUCAUGAGCAGUAUGUAUGGUUGUAAUUUGUAAAGUGCUAUUUUCUUUAUAAUGAAAAUCAAGAGUAUUGUUAUAUAUCUGGUA